CUCAAGGGGGCCAGUCUAGCCAGGCUCACCCAGAGGCUUGCGUACAAGGGGGUGAGGCUCCGGAGCGCCAGGCCGGAGCGCCGAGCCACGGGGAUCGUGCUAGGGAGGAUCCAAGCAACCCUAGAGGACGACUAUAAACUGCACCCCACGUCCAAGUCCCUGUGGAAGAACAUACGCAAGCCCGAAGUGGCGAAACGCACGAGGGACUUCCUGUGGAAAUGUAUGCACGACGCAUACAAGCUGGGCACCUACUGGAACAACAUACCGGGCUACGAGGCCCGAGGGAUCUGCGCGAAGUGCGAAGUGCCCGAGACAAUGGAACAUGUCCUUGCCGAAUGCGACGCCCCAGGCAGAGGCCUGCUCUGGGCGCUGGCGACGAACAUGCUACGCGGCAAACGCGUGGAGCACCCCCCGCUGACUUUCGGGGCCAUGAUAGCGGGGCCAUCUCUGUCCAUGGAGGGCCUGACGGGGCGCAAGAACCAAGGCGCGGACAGACUGCUGCGUAUAGUCGUGGCGGAGACAGCCCAUCUAAUCUGGAAGGUAAGAUGUGAGAGAGUGAUCGAGAGGGAGAACACGGUGGAGAGAUGGCACACCCAGAAGGAGCUGCGACUCCGAUGGUUGGCGGCGAUGAACCUCAGACUCAAGAGGGACAUAGCGCUGACGCACAAGAGAUGGAAGAAAGCACGGUUGCCGCGGGAACUUGUCCUAGCUACGUGGGCCGGCACCCUGCAAGACGAGAAGGAUCUACCAGAUGAUUGGAUCGACGAACAGGAGGUUUUAGUGGGUAUGUCCCCGUGUACGAGUAGACUGAGCGGUCACGUGCCCGUACCGGACUGA